AGCGACCCAUCCAUCCUUUUCUCCUAUGGGAGGUGUUGAAGCCAAGUUUUUGUUAUGACUUAUGGGGUGGGAACUGUUGCGGUGUUGUCAAAUGAGAACAGAAAGCAGCUGUUUUCUCCUAAAUUUUAAUGAAGUGUUUAUACUCUUUCCAAAUGGACGGGUCGCUUUUGCAGCCGAAAAGAGGAUGUUUCGGCUCAAAAUACAUUGUACAGGAAGAAUAAGAAUCGAUGAAGCAAAUAGCUGUCGUACUAAGACAAACCCCAUACGAAGGCAAAGAAUACUCAUCAGAUAGCAACUAUACAAGUGAAAUACCAUUUCUUUUCGGGUGCAAAACGCAUUGCUUUUUCUCAGACGGAAAUAAAGGGCAAGCUUCUUCAAGACCUUCUGCUGUAAAUAUUGGAGCUAUAUUCACUUUUGACUCUACCAUUGGGAGAGUCGCAAAGAUUGCCAUGGAGUUAGCAGUAGAGGAUGUGAACUCCAAUUCCAGCAUUCUUGGUGGAACAAAACUGGCUAUCAAAAUGCAGAACUCCAAUUGCAGUGGGUUUGUUGGCAUUGUUGAAGCUUUGCAAUUCAUGGAGACUGAUACUGUUGCCGUUGUCGGCCCACAAUCUUCUGUACUUGCUCAUGUAAUUUCACAUGUUUCAAAUGAACUCCGAGUUCCUCUGGUGUCAUUCGCAGUCACGGACCCCACUCUCUCUUCGCUUCAGUUCCCCUUCUUUGUUAGGAUGACACAGAGUGAUCUGUACCAGAUGACGGCAGUUGCUGAGAUUGUUGACUACUAUGGUUGGAAGGAGGUUGUUGCAAUUUUCAUUGAUGAUGAUUAUGGGCGGAAUGGGGUGGCGGCAUUGGGUGAUAAACUUGCAGAGAGACGUUGUAGAAUUUCUUAUAAAGCCGGAAUUCCCCUUGAGCUUGGAGUUAGUCGUGAUGCCGUCGUAGAUAUUCUUGUUAAGGUAGCCCUACUGGAGUCUCGAGUUAUUGUUCUGCAUGCUAAUCCUGACUCAGGCCUCUUGGUUUUUUCUGUGGCACACUAUCUUGGAAUGAUGGGUAAUGGUUAUGUGUGGAUAGCUACUGACUGGCUUUCUUCUCUUUUAGAUUCUUCUUCUCCUCUCCCUCAAGAGACCAUGGAUUUAAUGCAGGGAGUUCUUGCUUUCCGUCAGCACACAGUGGAUUCAAUAAGAAAGAGAACUUUCUUUUCUAGGUGGAAGAAGUUGGUCGGUGGUUCUCUCAGCCUAAAUUCUUAUGGCCUGUAUGCUUAUGAUAGUGUGUGGUUGGUUGCUCAUGCGAUUAAUGCGUUUUUGGAUCAGGGUGGAACCAUUUCAUUUUCUAAUGAUUCAAGGAUACAUGACGCAGAGGGUGGUCGGCUGCACCUUGAAGCAAUGAGCAUCUUUGACGGAGGGAAGCUUCUGCUGAACAACAUAUUACAGACCAAUAUGAUUGGUUUAACUGGUCCUAUCAAGUUUAAUCCAGACAGAUCUCUUGUUCGUCCCGCAUAUGAUGUCAUUAACAUCAUUGGAACUGGAUUUCGGCGGAUUGGUUAUUGGUCUAACUAUUCUGGGUUAUCAGUUGUAUCGCCUGAGACACUCUAUGAAAAACCGCCUAAUCGUUCUAGUGCAAACCAGAAACUUUACACUACCAUUUGGCCUGGGGAAACAUUAAUAAAGCCACGUGGUUGGGUUUUCCCUAAUAAUGGAAAGGAGUUGAGAAUAGGAGUUCCCAAACGAGUUAGUUUCCGGGAUUUUGUCUCACAAGUGAGAGGUACCAAUCUGGUUAAGGGUUUCUGCAUAGAUGUGUUUACUGCUGCUGUUAACUUGUUACCUUAUCCUGUUCCUUAUAAAUUUAUCCCCUAUGGUGAUGGUCAUCAAAACCCGAGCUACACUGAUCUUGUGGAUAAGAUCACAGAAGAUGUCUUUGAUGCUGUGGUGGGUGACAUUGCAAUUGUUGCAGAUCGGAUAAAGAUUCUGGACUUUACACAGCCAUUUGUUGAGUCUGGGCUUGUUGUAGUGGCCCCAUUUAGGAAGUUGAACUCAGGUGCUUGGUCUUUCCUGCGACCAUUUACAGCACAGAUGUGGUGUGUCAUUUGUGCUUUCUUCCUUUUCAUUGGAGCAGUUAUCUGGAUUCUGGAGCAUAGGUUGAAUGAUGAAUUUAGAGGCCCACCCAGAAAUCAAAUUAUUACCACCCUGUGGUUUAGCUUCUCAACUUUAUUUUUUGCCCAUAGAGAGAACACAAUGAGCACCCUUGGAAGAUUUGUGCUCAUCAUAUGGCUUUUUGUGGUUCUGGCCAUCAACUCAAGCUAUACUGCAAGUCUGACCUCAAUACUCACAGUACAGCAACUAUCUUCACCCAUAAAAGGAAUUGAGAGCUUGAGAAAAACUGAUGACCCUAUUGGAUUUCAAGUUGGAUCCUUUGCUGAACAUUAUCUUACACAGGAACUUGGCAUAUCCAAAUCUAGGCUUAUUGCUCUUGGUUCACCAGAAGAAUAUGCUAAAGCACUCCAACGUGGUCCUGGAAAAGAAGGCGGUGUGGCUGCUGUUGUUGAUGAACGCCCUUAUGUGGAUCUAUUCCUUUCAACCCAGUGCAAUUUCAGAGUUGUAGGCCAAGAGUUUACCAAAAGUGGUUGGGGAUUUGCAUUCCCACGGGACUCUCCUAUAGCAGUUGAUAUGUCAACUGCAAUUCUGGCACUAUCAGAAAACGGAGAUCUUCAAAGGAUCCAUGACAAGUGGCUGAAGAGAAGUGCUUGCAGUUUGGAUGAUAACGAGCUUGAAUCCAACCAACUUCACCUCAAGAGCUUCUGGGGACUUUUCCUGAUAUGUGGCCUAGCAUGUUUUGUUGCUCUCUUUAUAUACUUCUUCUUGAUGAUAAGGAAGUUCACUCGUUACUUUCCCGGAGCUAGGCACAUCAAGACAUUCUUAUCCUUUGUUGAUGAGAAGGAAGAACAUUCAAAGACCAGGUCUGAGAGAAGACAAUCAGAUACGACUUCAAAUGGCAGUGACAAGGAAGAUGCACUGGAGAGAGAGCCCAAGAGAAGAGAAAGAGAAAUUUUGCAGAAUGACAAUACCAACAUUGGCAGUUAAUUUGAUUGUCUAUACGGUUUCAUUUUCACCUGUGAGUUGGUCAGUCCCUACUCUGAGUAUAGUUGGAAGUCAUAAAUGUAUUUCUCAAGCAGGACAUUCCUUCUCACACAAAAAUGUAUCUAUAUAUCCGUUGUCUAUCUUCUGAUUCUGAGUCACCCACCAAAAUUCCUGGGUAAGCAAUGUUCUGCUCAGCUCAGAAACAGUAAAGUAAUCUGAUGGCUUGUUAGUUGUUAUAAUUCAAGAUAAGAUCCAUUAAAGAAAGAAGUUCUGGUA